GUGGCGCUGGGGCGGCCUCGCUCGGGCGCUGCGGGGCGCGGAGGCGGCGGCGGGAGCAGCGCGGGACAAUGGCGGCCUCUCCUCCGGCUCGCCCGCCGGGGCCCCGCGCCAGCCCGGCCUGGAGGGCGGCGCCGGCCCUCUUCCUGCUCCUGCUCUUCCCUCAGGCGGCGACGGCCUUACAGUGUGUUUGCCUUGUUUGUGCGAAAGAGAACUUUACAUGUACAACAGAUGGGCUCUGCAUUACUUCAGUGACACGGAACGGAGACAAAAUAAUCCGCAAUAGCAUGUGCAUAGCAGAAAUUGAUCUGAUUCCCAGAGACAGGCCGUUUAUUUGUGCUCCCUCAUCCACAAGUGAAGGCGUUACUACUGUGCCUCAUUGCUGUGACAAAGAUUUCUGCAAUAAAAUAGACCUUCCAAUUCCAACACCAGGUCCUGCACCAGGAAAGCUUGCUUCUAAUUUAGGACCAGUGGAAUUGGCUGCUGUGAUUGCUGGACCAGUCUGUUUUGUUUGCAUUUCACUCAUGUUGAUUCUGUAUAUCUGUCACAAUCGUACUGUCAUACACCAUCGUGUUCCAAGUGAAGAAGAUCCUUCCAUGGAUCGCCCCUUCAUAUCUGAGGGCACCACUUUAAAAGAUCUAAUUUAUGAUAUGACUACUUCAGGCUCUGGAUCAGGCUUACCGUUGCUUGUUCAAAGGACAAUUGCAAGAACAAUUGUACUUCAAGAAAGUAUUGGAAAGGGUCGCUUUGGAGAAGUCUGGCGAGGGAAAUGGAGAGGAGAAGAAGUUGCAGUGAAGAUUUUCUCCUCAAGAGAAGAGCGCUCCUGGUUUCGUGAAGCAGAAAUCUAUCAGACUGUUAUGCUACGCCAUGAAAAUAUUCUUGGGUUUAUAGCUGCAGACAAUAAAGACAACGGUACAUGGACACAGCUGUGGCUGGUGUCAGAUUACCAUGAACAUGGAUCGCUCUUUGAUUACCUGAACAGGUACACGGUUACUGUGGAAGGCAUGAUAAAACUAGCUUUGUCUACUGCCAGUGGACUCGCACAUCUUCACAUGGAAAUUGUUGGCACUCAAGGAAAACCAGCUAUAGCUCACAGAGAUUUGAAAUCAAAAAACAUAUUAGUAAAGAAAAAUGGAACAUGCUGUAUUGCAGAUCUAGGUCUGGCAGUAAGACACGAUUCAGCAACAGACACAAUAGAUAUUGCCCCAAACCAUAGAGUAGGAACAAAAAGGUACAUGGCCCCUGAAGUACUUGAUGACUCUAUAAAUAUGAAACAUUUUGAAUCUUUCAAAAGAGCAGAUAUUUAUGCAAUGGGGUUGGUGUUUUGGGAAAUAGCUCGCCGAUGUUCAAUCGGUGGUAUUCAUGAAGACUACCAGUUACCCUAUUAUGACCUGGUCCCUUCUGACCCUUCAGUUGAAGAAAUGAGGAAAGUUGUUUGUGAACAGAAGUUACGACCCAAUAUCCCAAACAGAUGGCAGAGCUGUGAGGCAUUACGAGUGAUGGCCAAAAUUAUGCGAGAAUGUUGGUAUGCCAAUGGUGCGGCCAGGCUAACAGCUUUACGCAUAAAGAAAACACUCUCACAGCUCAGCCAGCAAGAAGGCAUAAAAAUGUAAUUUGGGAGGUGCUACUGAAGGAAACUUUUAAAAGUCCACAUCUGCACCUAGUUUGUGCAUUGAGAAGGCUAAUUGUUCUACCUCACUGAGGGAACAGAAGGAUGUGGUUGCCUUUUCAUACAACAUAGGAAGAUCACUUAUUAGCCCAGGAUUUUUGUGGAUGUGGUCAAUAGUUGUACAUAUUCUUACUGUGCACUAUGAACACGUCUUUUUCCCCCCCAGGGCACUCAAAAACUUUUGUCUAGUCUAGCUUCAGUAAUAUGUAAAGGCGAAUGCCAGUCUCUGUUACUUGUGCAGAGAACAUGAAGAAUAUGUUUAAACUAACGGAGCUGGUGUACACUAUUUAUACAGUGCAUUGAAGGAUUUCUUGAAGUUUGUUUUGAAAAGCUACUUGCUUUGUUCGUGAUGGUACACUGUAUAUUCUUGGAUUCUUCUUCAGUUCAGAUGGUAUAUUGUUUUUUUUCCUGGCUACUAAGACUACAUCCUAUUGGACAUUUCUAUCAGGAUUUACAGACAUGACCUCAUUCAUCUGGAGGAACAUACACAACAUAUGCAAUUAUAUUUUGUAUACUAUAUCUGUUACUUUGCUUCAAAACAUGACAUGCCUUCAAAAUAGAUUGUACUGUACCAGUAAGUGCCACUUUUUAAUCUUAAUGCAAUUCAGUAGGGACAUACAAAAUCUUUGGUGCUUGUAUGAUGACCUUAAAUACCAUGAUUCCUAAAAGGGGAUUUCCUACUUGCAUAUGGAAUUCCUUUUUUUUUAUUACCAAAAACUCUCUUAAUUCUGUAGGAAUCUAAAUAGUAUACAAGUAAAUUCAAUAAUAUUGUCUCAGUUGUACAUCAGAAUGAGUUGUCAGUAACAGUUUUCAAUUAAAUUAAAACUAUUCCAAAAGUUCUAUGAAAUACUUUUAAAGAAAUUUUACCUCUGAUUCCACCUUGUUUCGGCAUAUACCUUACUUGCUUUCACAACAGUGCUUUGUUAAUAAAUCAGCUGUUUCCGUGCAUUUGCGAGGUUGAUCCCUGUAGGCAAACACAAUGUUGCAUGUGGUUAGCCUUGCUGGAUGCAAAAUUAGAUUUUUUCUAGUUUCUGGGGCUAUGUGGUAAUCUUGCUGGAUCAGAUCAAUAUGCAUAUCAAUUAACAUGAUUUGGCACUGCCAGGUUAGCGAUCUGUUUGGUGAGGUGCUGGGCCUGAAUUUGGGCCUCACUCCCUCUGUUGUUGGAGUCCAUUAUAGUUGCCAUCUGUCUGGGGUGGGGAGGAGAGCUUCGUUUGCCUCGUCUUUUUUUUUUUUUUACAGUCCGUUGGUUUUUUUGAAGGCCUCUUGCUUUGCAGCCUUUGUCUGUUACUAAACAGCAACUAGUAGUUGAUGUUUUCUCAGCAUAUCUGACACACAGAGUUAAUAAAAUUUGGAUCCCCAUUAAAUGGAUUUAUUUUCUGUAAAGAUGAAAAGCUCCAAGCAAGAAUACUUGCUGCUGAAUACUGAAAAAUAUGCAUAGUACUUACAUGUGAAGGUGUAACUUUGUUUAUUUGAUUUUGCACAUAUUAAGACUUGCACACACAUUUCAUUUAAGGAAAAAAACCUUAGUUUUAAUUUUUUUAAUAAGGUGGCAAGCAAGAGGAGUCUGAUAAGUUUGUCCUUAUUUAACCCAUGUAUGCAUUAAAAGUUAAAACUGUCCUGAACUGUAAUCAGUUUUGUAGAGAUGCAGGAUGGAAAUAUUUGCAGCUAUUGUUAAUCACCUCAACUGUUCAUAGUUCUCUCAAGCCAAAUUUGAUCUAUUUCAGUCUGUUAAACUUCCAUAGUUGUGAGAGUCGUAAAAGCAAAUCACUGCAAAGUGUCUCAGUGCAUAUUUAAUUGUGAAAUUAAUUUGAAUUCUUAAAAUACGCUUUGCAAAAUGCAAAUUUCAUAUCGUGAAAAUUGUACACAGCUGUUUGCGGCUGAGGCUGUGACAUAACUUGAACUUUAUUCAGGUUUUCCGUUGUUGCUUGGCAUUGUCUUACAAAUGAGUGUAUAUAUUACAUUGAAUUUUUAAAAUCUGUUGCCUGUGUAAAGUCAAAUAUAGGUCUUUUAUACGCUUA